AUGUCUACUCUACCAGACGAUCGGAGGCGAAUACUAAAGAUUGGAACAUCAACUCCGAACUUGUUAAACUUCAAGGAUCUUUGCCGCCUUUCCAUCACUUGCCGAUCUUUGAAUCGUCUCUCAAUCGAAGAAGAUCUCUGGUCUCAUUUACUUACUUCCGAUUUCCCACAAUUUGCAUCAUCCACCAGAAAUAACACCUCUUCUCAGAAUCCUACAAGCAAAGCGCUUUACAGAAACAGGUACGAGAGGAUUAGAUCUAAAAUGCAUUCAGCCCAUCUAAGAAUUGUUCUAAGGAUACAGAGUCGGAUUGCAGAGCAUACAAAACAGUUGGAGGAUUUAAAAGUGAAACGGGCACAAGAAAUAGAGAAAUUAGAGGUAGCAGUUGCAGAAUUGUCAAAUUUAAGCAGGAUCAGGCGGGCUUCAGUAGCACUAAAUAUUUGGCAACCAGAAGUUGUGAAGGGGAAACACAAACAAUUAGUUGAGCAAGGUGUUGUCUCAAUGGAUUCGCGCGUUCGUGCAGUUGAGAUGGAGAUUAGGCUAUGCAGGAAACAACUUGAAGGUUUUGAUAAGACUUCUAAAGAUGUGCAAAAAAGGCUCGAUUAUGCAAAGUUGGACUUGGAGUCUGCCCAAUACCAUCCUUUUGUUUUUGGAGAUCAAAAAUGUUAAUGAAAGUGGAAGUGUUGAUGAUAGUAGCUGGAAGAGGACAAGGAAGAAGAAGAGAGAAUUAGUCAAAUAAAGUAAGUAAAUCCAAUUCUUUCCAUAUUUGAAAGGAUAGGACCCUAUUUGUGUUUUUGGAUCUGGAUAUGGCUAAGAUAUAGGCAAUUAAUUUCUAAAAACAGAUCCAUACAUGAUUGGUCGGUUAGGUUUGAAAGAUGGAGUUUUGGAAUAUGGUUAAGAAAUGGUCAAUUAAUUUGUAGAAACAGAUACAUAUAUAUGGUUUGUUGAUUAUGUUGUUUGAAUAUGGUUAAGAAAUGGUCAUUAAUUUGUAGAUA